AUGAGUCAAAAUACUAUACAAAAUAAUCAAAAUGAUCACACAUUUAGUAAUUUGCAAUUUAACGUUAUUCAACCAGCUUCAAAUACUAAUUAUUAUGAUAUGAAUGUCAACCCUUCUGACAAUAUUUCCCCAUCAUUUUAUACAAACACCAAUAACUCCGAUCAACAACCUAUUUCUAAUGAAUAUACUGCUUCAACUUUAACUUCACCUCCGCAGUAUGUUAGUCCAGCUGUUAGUCCCCAGCAUCCUAUUAGUCCCCAGCAGUCUAUUGAGAAUAUUCCUCUAUUUAACAUGACUAGUAUUAAUCCUUCUCAAUCUGAAAUCCUUAGUUUUGAUAUCCCUGGGUAUAAAGUUAUCUUUAUACCUACUUUUUCUCAACAGGAUAACACUUAUUUAAAUUAUUCUUCUUCAAAUACCACGAACACCCAAUUUACUCAAUUUCAGCAAUAA